AUGUCUGCAGAAAAGGCGGGAGCUGCAGGAGACGGGGAAAAUCAAAUUAAAGAAGAAAUUACAAUUAUUCAAGAAGGUAAAGCAAAAGUUGGAUUUCAUGGUCCUGUCUUCUAUAAUCCGGUUCAGGAGUUCAAUCGAGAUUUGACAGUAACAGUUCUUCGCCAGUUCUCUGAUGAUCACCAGAAAUUCCAAAAAGAGCAAGCGGAAGCUCAAAAUUCGAAAAAUUCCAACGGAGAAGAGCCGCCAAAGAAGAAAAAUAAACUGGCGAUAAAUGAAGAUGGAAAAAUUCGAAUUCUGGAUGCCCUCUCGGCUUCUGGUCUCCGUGCACUUCGAUUCUCGAAAGAAGUUCCGAAUGUUGGAUUCAUUAUGGCCAAUGAUUUCUCGGAUAACGCCGUCGCAUCGAUUCAGGAGAAUGUGAAAUUGAAUGAGGUUGAGGACUUAGUGGAGGCUCAUUUUGGUGAUGCUGUAAUGACUAUGAUGGAGCACCGUGGAAUCGACAAACGGUUCCAUGCCGUUGAUUUAGAUCCCUAUGGAACUGCGUCCACAUUCCUCGACUCGGCAGUUCAAUGUGUUGCUGAUCGUGGAAUUCUGAUGGUCACUUGUACGGAUAUGGCUGUUUUAUGUGGAAAUACACCCGAAGCUUGCUAUAAUAAGUAUGAUGCGGUGACGACGAGAAUGAAGUGUUGUCAUGAAGUGGGCCUCCGAAUCUUGCUCCGUGCAAUCGACUCUGCUGCAAAUCGCUAUACUCGAUACAUCGAACCUCUCGUCUCAAUUUCCGUGGAUUUUUACGUUCGAGUAUUCGUCAAAGUUCAUACUGGAGCAUUUCAAGCGAAACAGAGUGGAACAAAAGUGGGAACAGUGCUUGUGUGUUCUGGAUGCCAUGCAAUGGAGCCGUUGCCAAUGCUAAAACGAGGAGAAAACAAUCAAGAGAACAAGUAUUCCCUCCCAACAAUCCGUCAUUCACUCACUGGACCUGAUAGUCUCUGUGUUCAUUGCUCCCAUCGACUCCAUCAAAUCGGUCCGAUCUAUUUGGCUCCAAUUCACAGUAAACCAUUUGUCACUUCUCUUCUUCAACGUCUCAAAUCGACGCCAGAAGCGGAGAGACUCGGAACUCACGCACGUCUUCAGGGAGUUCUGACGAUGGUCAACGAGGAAUUGGACGAGAUUUUGUAUUAUGAGCACGAUCAGAUGGCGAAUACAGUGAAGGUGUCUGUUCCGAAGGCACAAAGUGUUCGAUCCGCGAUUCUUCACGCUGGAUUCAAAGUUUCCGGAUCGCAUUGUAAUCCAAGAGCGAUUAAAACGAAUGCACCGAUGCAGUUGAUAUGGGAUAUUUAUAGACAAGUGGCCAAAGACACGAACGUCGACCGUGAGAAACGACACGCAAAGGAAUCCGCUGGUUACACGAUUCUCGGCCAUCCCAUCACCAACACCAUCAAUUUCUCCCUUCAUCCUGGAGCAAUUGAGCAGGCGAAAAAGGAGAAUUUGGUACGAUUCCAGUGCAAUAAAGGAAAGAAUUGGGGACCAAGACAGAAGGCGAAGGGAUCGGUGAACUCGACAAAAGCGGGAUUCCAGUUGACACAUGUGGAGGAGCAUAAAAAUUAA